GGCUUCGCGUCAGCAGCCGCCAGCGAGCGAGGCCACGGCCGCGGGGCUGGAGGCGCUGAGCUGCGGCCCCGCCCCGCCCGGGAGAGCGGCCCCGCCCCGCCCGGGGGAGCGGCCACCUGUCCCUCUGGGGGCGCAGGUGUGGGCGGCCCCCGGCGCUGGGAGCAGGUGCGGGGCCGCGGCCGCUCGUGAGCCUCCAGCCCGGAGGACGGGCCCCGGGGGCCGGCCCGGUGCCCAGGCCCUGGGAGCCCCGGAGGACAGAGUGACAGAGGCCGGAGGAGCCGGGAAGGCCCGAGAGAGGUGGGAAGCACGGGGUUCCAGACCUUGGACAUUUCAGCCCCAAAGCAUCGGUGAAAACGUUGCUGGGCACAGAUAAAAGCAUCGCCAAGUUUUUCAACACGGCAGAGACUUAGCAGGUAGCUGGCACCUAGGGGGAAUGGAAAAACCAGGCUUUAGCAGAAUCCGAGAGCAGCUGUGUGUGUCCCAGACAGACCCAGCCGCUGGGAUGACUGGCCCCUCAGUGGAGAUCCCCCCAGCCGCCAAGCUGGGUGAGGCUUUCAUGUUUGCUGGCGGGCUGGACAUGCAGACAGACCUGUUCGCGGAGGAGGACCUGGGGGCCCCCUUUCUUCAGGGGAGGGCUCUGGAGCAGAUGGCCGUCAUCUACAAGGAGAUCCCUCUCGGGGAGCAAGGCGGGGAGCAGGACGAUUACCGGGGGGACUUUGAUCUGUGCUCCAGCCCCGUUCUGCCUCAGAACGUCCCCCCGGGAGACAGGACCCAGGACGAUGAGCCCUUCGGCCCAACCUUCCUCCAGAAAUCAGACCUGACUGUGUACCGGAUCACGGGCAGCAGGGAAGCCGCCGAUCCGCCCGCCGGGGAGGCGGUGGGCAGGGGCGACUCGGGGCUGGAGGGGUCGCCCAGGACCGCGCAGCCCGCCAAGCCCUAUGUGUGUCGGGAGUGCGGCAAGGCCUUCAGCCAGAGCUCGCACCUGCUCCGGCACCUGGUGAUUCACACCGGGGAGAAGCCAUACGAGUGCGGUGAGUGCGGCAGGGCCUUCAGCCAGAGCUCGCACCUGCUGCGGCACCAGGCCAUCCACACUGGGGAGAAGCCAUAUGAGUGCGGCGAGUGCGGCAAGGCCUUCCGGCAGAGCUCGGCCCUGGCGCAGCACGGGAAGACGCACAGCGGGAGGCGGCCGUACGCCUGCCGCGAGUGCGGCAAGGACUUCGGCCGCAGCUCCAGCCUCCGCAAGCACGAGCGCAUCCACACCGGGGAGAAGCCCUACGCGUGCCAGGAGUGCGGCAAGGCCUUCAACCAGAGCUCGGGCCUGAGCCAGCACCGCAAGAUCCACUCGCUGCAGAGGCCGCACGCCUGCGAGCUGUGCGGGAAGGCCUUCUGCCACCGCUCGCACCUGCUGCGGCACCAGCGCGUCCACACGGGCAAGAAGCCGUACGCCUGCGCGGACUGCGGCAAGGCCUUCAGCCAGAGCUCAAACCUCAUCGAGCACCGCAAGACGCACACGGGCGAGAAGCCCUACCGGUGCCACAAGUGUGGCAAGGCCUUCAGCCAGAGCUCGUCGCUCAUCGAGCACCAGCGCAUCCACACGGGCGAGAAGCCCUACGAGUGCGGCCAGUGCGGCAAGGCCUUCUGCCACAGCUCGGCGCUCAUCCAGCACCAGCGCAUCCACACGGGCCGCAAGCCCUACGUGUGCAACGAGUGCGGCAAGGCCUUCCGCCACCGCUCAGCGCUCAUCGAGCACUACAAGACACACACGCGCGAGCGGCCCUAUGAGUGCAACCGCUGUGGCAAGGCCUUCCGGGGCAGCUCGCACCUCCUCCGCCACCAGAAGGUCCACGCGGCGGACAAGCUCUAGGGUCCGCCUGGGGCGAGGGCACGCCGGCCCUGGUGCCCCUGGCCCAGUGGGUGGACCUGGGGGGCCGGCUGGACGGCGGGAUCCCCACGCCGGGUUGGAGCCGGCGCCCUGCCGGCGGUCUCUUCUCUGCUGUGACCCCGGGGGUUUGGUUUUGCCCUCUAUUAGCUUUUUCUAAAGUGCAGACGAAUACACGUCAGAGGGAUGAAGUGGGGUUAAGCCCCCGGGAGACGUCCGGCGAGCUCUAACCUCAGACACUUGCAGAAGUGAAGCGGGCUCGCAGCCCAUACAACCCAGGGAAGAUGAGUCCAAAGUCGAGGGUUGCCUUGGCCACUGCAGGGUCGCUCGGCGGUGGGGCGGAGGGGGUGCAGGAGGGCUCGGCCCGGGCUUGGGGUGGCGGGCAAGGACCCCGCACCUCUCAGCCCUCGGCCUGGGUUGGCUGAGGGCGGGCCUGGCUGUAGGCCCUCCAGCGGAGGUGGAGGCGCUGCCCAGCUCAGCCAGGCACAGGACCCUGCCACCAGGAGUAGCCCUCCGCCAGACCCAGGGUCCAGGCUGGGGCGCCAGCGGGGCCUCUGUUCUGCGGCUGGGCAGCCUGCGCCCUGUCCUCUGGGGAUGAAGGGGUUCCGGUCUGAAGGGCUGGGUUCAGGGUCCAGCUCUGGCCCCUCCUGCCUUGGUGUCCUGGAGGAAGCCCCAAGGCUCUGUUUCCCUCUCCGGGAGGUGGGGACGUUGGGAAUGCCACAUUCCCCUGGGGUGUGUGUGUGUGCAAGGCUCCCAUUCAGGCUGGGACCGGGCACUCACGAGCUUUGGCAACUGGCAAGUGAGGAUGGAGACCCAGGGUGACACCUUCUCCCCCGGCCCCCCAGCAGGGGAGACACAGGCCCGUCUGUUUCCCAAGAUGGCAGGGCCCCUCCCCCUCCAGCUUGCGCCCUGGGUGUGGUGCCUGGGGCUACAGCGCCCUGCACAGCGACCCUUUCCGGUUCCCAGGGCCAGGUCAGCUGGGCAUCCCCAGGGUGGGGCUCUGAGGGUGCCGUGUUUCCAGAGCUCCCCCUCCUCCCACCAGUAUCAGGCAGGGGCCCAGCUCCCAGGCAGCCCCCUGGCAUCGCCUAGGUGCAGGCCUGCCCACUGUGACCCAGCAAGGCUUGAAGGUGGCCAUCCCAGUUCAGUCCCCUGCCCCCGGCCCAGGAAUGGGCUCAGGCAGGGCCGCAUCUGGCUGCCCCACAAGCGUCUGUCCCUGGCCUCUGGGAGUUGGUAGCGGUCUCUGGUACUGGCCCUCGCAGGUCCCCUUAGCACCGCUUGGGGAGGAGGUGGGCUGAGCUGAUUUUGAAGUUUUGCACGGCUGUGGCCGUAGUCCCAUGAGCCGGUUAGGGUCACGCUGGUUAUUUCAGCGGAUGGGGCUCGGCUCGGCAGCUAGGAUGGUCCUGAAUAAAAAUGGGAAGGCCAGAGCUGUUCCUCCAUCAGCGGGCUUGGCAGCUGGGAAUGUUGAAAGGACAGGUCUGCUGGUCUGGGGAGACCAGCUCUGUGCAGCCCCUCUGCUGUCCGUGGGGGCACUAAAUCAGCCCCUGUGUGUGCCUGUCUGAGUGGCAGCCCGCCUGGAGGAUUGCCCGUCACUUGUGAGAACUGAGAGAAUGCUGACACCCCCGCUCGGUGCAGGGGGACAGGGCCCCCUAAGAUCUACCUCCUUGCCCCACCCCCGGGACCCCCUCAGCCUUGGCCAGGACUGUCCUUACUGGGCAGGGCAGUCAUCCACUUCCAACCUUUGCUGUCUCCUCCACGUGCCGUGCUCCCAGCCAAAUUGCUUUAUUUUUUUCCAAGCAUCACUUUGCACACGUCACCACUCUCCUUAAAACCACCCUUCUGGAGUCUCCUGCACGUAAACCGCCCGUUUCAGCCAACCUGGGUUGCCCCCCAAGCCCAGCAAGCCUGCCGAGCCCCGCCCCUCCCAGCUACUUCAUGCUCGCCUGAAGCUUCUAAACGCACACCUUCUUCCCCCCACCUCCGUCUCCUUUCUUUUCUGAUGAUUUAUGUAACAUGGCGGGUAAGACUCCUCUCCUGAAGGGUUGACAGACUCGCACAAAACCGUGGUCAGACCAGGCAAGUGCUUUUUUUCAGAAGUGUGAGCGGAACUUAGUCUUCAGUUCACGCUCUUUCCUUGUUUUCUUAUGUUCUAAGUCCUUUGACUUAGGCUCCCAGACAGCGACGUUGGAAGAGGCCGUCCUGGUAGCAUUUGAAUUGUCCUCGAGUUUCGUUGUUGGAUUUUGUUUUAUUGUCUUACGUUUUCCCUUCUUUUAGCAGACGUUGUUGACUGUCGUAAAGCCCCAGUUCUUGGUUCUGUUUACUAAUCGAAUUGUUUUGUCAAAGUACCUGUAUUCUGCUCUUUUCUUUAUCUUUUUUGUUGCCUAAUAUUAACACUUUACAUUUCUAAGAUUAAUUUUUUAGGUAAUUAAUAAUUUUUAAUAUUUCUAGUAAAUGUGGGUACUUUGUGUUUGUUUUCUUGUAGUUAGAGCUUUUUCUGCUCUAUACUGUUGAUGUCUGGCUUUUUUUUUUGCUCUUAGGAAUUUCCCUUUGACCCCAUUAUUAUUAUUUUAAUUAGUAUUUUUUAAUACUAAUUAAAAAAUUAGUAUUUUUUAAUUAACCCUAAUCCUAGCCCCAGUGAUGGCUGCUUCCGUCAUUGCUGUUACUUACUGUACUUGCUGGUGUCAGUACUUUUAAGUGUCCAUAGACAUUCUCUGAGCCUGAAUAUAUUAUCAGUUUUUAUACAGCAUUUGUGUACUCUCAAGAAAUGUGUUUUCACUCCGUCAGUUUGGUUUGUUACCUCAGUCUUUAUGUUAUUUUGCUCCAGUCCGCACUUGCUCUGACUUGUCCUCCCUUCAGGGUGUGAGGACGCCUGGCAGCCUGUGAGCAUGCCGGGGUCCGGGGUCGUGGGCCCAGGGGCCGAGCAAAGUCGUGUGGACCUGUGCACGGAUGGGCUGUUCUGGGAGGAAGCCUGUGGCCCUCGAAGGGCCUGUGGCCCCAUGGUAGUUAGGAGUGCUCGUUUACCUGGUCACACCACGGUCUGAUUUUGUGUGUUUUUCCCUGACGUGUUUCUGUUUUGCCUUGGUUUCUAUUCUGUUCUAUGAGUGCCGUUUACGCUUUGCUAGUCAUGCCGUUAUCUCGAUAGACAGGGUAUAUACGUGAUCAAGUGAUUACCGUAUUUGGAGCAGAUGUCUAUUUAACAGAGAUGAACUGAGAACCCGUGCCUUUGCACGCCUCUUUGCCUCUUCUAAUGCUUCUAGCUUCAGCUUCUCUUUUCCAAACGUCAUAAUGGAAACCCCUUGCUUUUUUUUUUUUUUAAUUUGCAUUUGCAUGAGAGUUUAUUUAGCUCGGCAUUUUAUUUUUAAAAUUUGUGUAUAUAUUUUUGCUAUAUAUCUGUAACUUAUAAACAGCAAAUUAUUGGA